AUGGCUUGGCAGCCACAGCCGGAGCAGCUCGUCCAGUUGUCGCAGUACUUGCGGGAUUCGUUAAGUGGCCAUGAUGUUCAGGCGCAGCGGACUGCCGAGCAGAUGCUGCGGCAAGCGAAGUCUUCUCCUGAUAUCCUAAAUUAUCUGGCGUACCUCUGUGUGACUCCAUCGCCACCUGGUGGUUUCUCGCCUAAUGCGUACCAUGCAGCGCGCAGUGCUGCUGCAAUCAUGCUCAAGAACAGCGUAAAGUCAUCGUACCGUUCAAUACCCGAGUCCAGCCAAGCAUACCUCAAGUCUACGAUACUAGUCGGCUUGAAUGACGGCAACGCACAGAUCCGCAACUACGUCGGCAAUGUGAUUACAGAGGUCGUACGACAGGGUGGAGUAAUGGACUGGCCGCAGCUUCUCCCGGACCUUCUUUCUACGGUAGCGAACGAAAGCGGCCAAUCGACGACCGAGGCUCAGGACGGCGCUCUGGGUGCGCUGUUCAAGAUCUGCGAAGACAACAAGCGUGCUCUAGACAAGGAAUACGCUAACCAAGGACGACCACUUGCUUAUCUCCUCCCAAAGCUUCUCGACCUUACUGCCAACCCCACCGCCAGACUACGAUCAAGAGCGCUCUCUGCACUCAACGUCUUUCUCACCGAGCCAAUUGCACUGACUGUGCGAGACAACAUCGACAAUAUCCUCCCGCAAAUCGUCCGCUUGUCAACUGACAGUAAUGAAGACGUACGGAGGUUCGUGUGCCGUUCGUUCGCGCUACUUGCAGACGGCAUGCCAACGGCUCUUGUACCAUAUAUCAACGGUGUAGUGGACUACACCCUCAACCAGCAGAAGGACGUUCAAAACGAGGAACUUGCCCUAGAUGCGGCAGAGUUCUUCUUCGAAGCAAGCAAUCAGCCUGCGAUCCGUGAUGCACUUGGCCCUUAUCUUAGCAGAAUCGUACCGGUCUUACUCGACUGUAUGAUUUACAGCGAGGACGACCAAGUCAAGAUUGAAGCCGAAGCUGAAGAGGACGCUGAAGUAGAGGACGAGGAGAAGGACAUAAAACCGCAGUUUGCCACCUCAAAGACUUCACGAUCUGUGGCCGCCGCUUCCACAGCGCCAUCCGCCACUAACGGACAGGCGCAAGCGAAGCCAGCAGUCAACGGCUACGCUUACGAAGACGAUGAUGAGCUUAGCGAAGGUGAGAUUGAAGAAGACGAUGAGCUUGAUAUUGACCCGGAGGACGAAUGGAACCUUCGAAAGUGCUCAGCAGCUGCAUUGGAUAGCCUUGCAUCGCACUUCGGCGGCGCAGUAUUCGAGGUUACGCUUCCAUGGCUUACGGAAAACAUGGCCCACAGAGACUGGCAGAACAGAGAAGCAGCGGUACUAGCACUUGGCGCAAUCGGCCCGGGCUGUAUGGACAGCAUUCAGCCUCACCUGCCCAAGCUGGUCCCAUACAUGAUCACGCUCCUCAGCGAUCAGCAGCCGGUUGUGCGACAAAUCACUUGCUGGGCGCUGAGUCGCUUUGCGGGCUGGGCGUCACGGCUCGACAAUAAACAGGAGUACUUCGAGCCUAUGAUGGACGGCAUCCUUAAGCGUAUGCUGGACGGCAAUAAGAAAGUGCAGGAAUCCGCAGCAUCUGCCUUUGCCACCCUGGAAGAAGAGGCGAGAACAGAGCUGUCACCGUACGCUGGCAUCAUCGUGCAACAGUUUGUGCGCUGCUUUGAGCGCUACAAGGACAAGAACAUGUACGUUCUGUACGACUGCGUGCAGACUCUCGCAGAAUAUGCGAGUCCAGAGCUCGCGAAACCGGAGCUUGUCCCAUUACUGAUGACCGCGCUGGUCGGGCGGUGGGAAAAGGUGCGGGAUGAAUCACGCGAAAUGUUUCCGCUGCUUGAGUGCCUUUCAUUCGUAGCAACUGCGCUGGGGUCUCAUUUCACCCCUUUCGCCAAGCCCUUCUGGACGCGCUGCAUUCGCAUAAUACAGAACAACCUCGAGGAGAGUGUGCGCGGCGCCGAGGAAAUGUACCUGGACACCCCAGACAAGGACUUCCUGGUCACCAGCCUAGACUUGUUAAGCAGUAUCAUUCAGGCCCUUGAUGAGCCAUAUAGCACGGAGCUGGCAAGGACAGCGCAGCCAAACAUGUUCGAGUUGCUUGCGUACUGCAUGAAGGAUGCCAACAACGAUGUCAGGCAGUCUGCGUACGCUUUGCUCGGAGACUGCGCUAUCUACAUCUUUCAACAAUUACAGCAGUAUAUGCCGACCAUUAUGGAGAUCCUACUGCAGCAGCUCGAGCUGGGCGAAGCGGCCAAGGACCCCGAGACCGGCUUUCGAGUGAUUAACAACGCUUGUUGGUCUUGUGGUGAGAUCGCGAUGCGACACAAGGAAGGCAUGGCACCCUAUGUCGACCGACUGCUGACCAAGCUGGCUGUUAUCAUGUUCAGCAACGACGUACCGGAGUCGCUGAACGAGAACGCCGCCAUUGCCCUUGGUCGCCUCGGCAUCGCUUCUCACCAACAGCUCGCUCCGCACCUCGCCAACUUUGCAGGUCCCUUCCUGAACGCCAUGCAGAAGGUCAGCUGGACGGACGAGAAAGGGCACGCCUACAAAGGCUUCUCAAGCGUCGUGCUCGACAACCCAAAGGCGAUGGAGCAGUGCUUGCUUGAUUUCUUCGUGGAGAUGGCGAACGCACCUGGCGUCUUCCUCACAGGCAUGCAGUCCGAAGGUCCACACGACAACUUCGAGCGCGUGCUCCGUGAGUACAAAAGUCUCAUUGGCGACGGCUUCGACGGCUUCCUACACAACCUCCCGCCGCCGCAAGAGCACGCGCUCCGGCAGCUUUACGUCUUCUAG